AACAGUUAGUGUAGCAUCAGUGUUAGCGUCGCAAAACAUAAAAAUGAAAUAUCUGCAAAUUUUCUUCCUCGUCAUCAUUUGUGUGGCGGCAUGCCUAGCAGCGGUUGCCGAAGCAGAGGAUGCUAGUGCCUUGGAGGAGAAAAAAACCAACAAACGUGGUAUCUUCGGCUUCGGUUAUGGACACGGCUAUGGUCACGGUUAUUAUGGCGGCUACGGUGGCGGUUACGGUGGAGGCUUUGGCCAUUACGGUGGUUAUCCACAUUACGGCGGUGGUUAUGGUUUCCACGGUGGUCCAAUCUACGGUGGACAUGGCUACUUUCCUUACCAUGGUGGUUACUACGGCGGCUAUCAUUAAGUGGCACCAGAGCACUUACAUUUAUAAUUCAAUUGCAUAGCUUAAUAUCGACACAAGCGCCAUGAGGUGUGCCAAUAUAACGGUUAUUGUUUGUGUAAAAUUUUGAA